AUGGCGAAUGGUGGGGUUUACCCUAUGGAUAUGGAACCCCUUACUGGUAAGUCAAUCGAGAAGGAUCGUGAGUACUUGAAUCUUGCAGCAUUCCAAUCUGAUUCCCCGAAUUCCUUAGAACCCUCCACUCCAACUCGCGGAGGAAUCGGCUCGGAAGCUAACACCUACAGGACCCAUCGCGAACGAAAGGAACAUUAUAUGCGCUCACUGGAAACCGAAGUGUCGCGACUCAGAGAAGCCUACACAAAUGAGAUUUCCGAAGCAAACGUGAAGAUCCAGCAGCAGUAUGAGCUACUAUACUCCAUACGCGACGACAAUGAAAUCUUGAAGGAGCUCCUGCGCGCCCACGGAAUCCAAUACGAGUCUGAACUGAAGCGCCGUCGCGCUGGCCGUCCCCCAAUGACUGCAUUCCAGUCUAGUCCCGUCGCUAUCAGCAGUACUGAAUCUCAGUCGGCUCUCGCAACAUCAAGCAACCAUAAUGCAACUCCUCCGACCACAGUAGCGACGGACCUCAGCCCACGCGGAAAGGGCAUCAUGGACCAUUCAGAGGUCUCCCCACCGAUUGUCUUUGUGCCACAGCAACAAGUUUAUCAUGCUAGCGCGGGGGAGCAGAUUGGAGCGUUUGACAGAUCUGCAAACCGUGUGAUGGAUCCCGUGCCGGCGAUGAUGCGCGGUGUCUUCGAGAGUGACCCACAAUUGCAGAUUGACUUUAUUUUAACGUACGUGAAGAUUCAAAUUGAAUUGAUUUUCUUGUCUAACCGUGUCUCGUACAGAUUGGAAGGUCCUUGCCGUGAACACACAGACUAUCUCUGCCGACGGUCCAUCACCGAAGCCGACGACGAAGACAUGCCGUUCUCAGGACACGCGCUGAUGGCACAUACCCCCCAUAAAACUUACGACCUCCCACUGGCUAACCUCAGCACACUGCUCAAUCUGAGUCGACAUCUCGUGACCGACGGCCAGAUCACGCCGAUAAUGGCGUUGCAAUGCCUCAAGAACCACGAUCUAUACCACAGUCUCAGCCGCGACGAUAUCAAGAUCAUCAUCGAAACUCUCAACACUAAAGUCCGCUGCUACGGAUUUGGUGCCGUUGUUGAAGACUUUGAACUCAUGGACUGCAUGAGCAGUGUGAUGGGCACCAAAUUUGACUUGGGCGUAUCGAGUCUUCGUGAUGACCCUGUAUAUGCGUGA